GAAGAAAUCGAUUAUUUUUUUUGUACAGGCGCGAAACAGGACAGUCGCGUGCAGCCAGUUAAGGACCCCCGGCAACUUUGUGAUUUUAUUGGACGCAGCCCCGGAAGUAAAUGGGGGAGGGAAGGUUUUGGUAGAGGGAAGACAUUUGGCGUGACAGCUCCAGUUUUACACGAGGACCACUUUAUUUCGUUAGUUUUCAAAACAACGUGUCACCACUUCCGCUCUCAGCGCCUUCAAAAUAAGAGCUCAAGGCAUAUACUGUAUAACAGCUUAUAACAGGAAUUAACAUCACAAAGAGGCAAGUCCAUAAAAAUAGGUUACAAUAAUUCAUUUCAAACCUUUUUUUUUGUUUUGUUUCAUUUUAUUUUCAUUCGGUCUUUGAUCGAGCACGUUGACAGUUACGUUUACAUUUUACGACCUGAGAAGCACUUGCAAAAAAAAAAAAAAAAAAGUCAACAUGACGUCACAGCAUCGCUUUCCUCUCUUCGGGAGGAGACUGUCACGUGACACCUGACCGUCGUCCUCCUCCUCCUCGCGCGUGCACGAGCAUCGACGCAGACUUGGCACCGCUGGCGGAGAACCAACAGUUGAUCUGUCAUGAACAAGGCGGAGGGUCUGGCCACUCCCGUCCACUUGGCGUCCUCGCGAGGCCCGAGCACGCCGGGCUCCCCCGCCGCCGCCGCCGCCAUCGCCAUCACGGCGCGUGUGGACGAGCAGGUGGUGCCGUACCGGGACCUGGCGGCGCUGCCCCGGGACAAAGCCAUCCUGCAGGUGGAGCGACCCGACCUGAUGACCUACCAACCGCACCUCACCUUCUCGCCGCUCGACAUGCCACGCAGAGAGCGAUCCCUGUCGCCUCCCGCCACCUCCCCCGCCAUGUCACCUGAGGUGAAGGGGCGGCGAGCGGAAAGCGACAGCGGCUCCCCCGGAGGCUCCAUGCUGCAACUGCAGCCUGGACGCAAAAUCAGUGCCAGCCUGCAGCACUUCCACCGACCAGAUAACGGAGCAAACAUCUACAGUAAACCUCCCAUCUACAAACAAGAAGCCUCCAAGCACCCCGAAGGUGGCGGCGUCAUCCAGUCGGCAAAGUUCCCGGCCGCUCAGCCUCCGGACCCCAACCAACCCUCCAAGAUCGAGACCGAGUUCUGGCCCUGCCCGCCGUCGCUGGCCGCCAUGGAAAUAGAGCGGCGCUGGAAGAAAGUGGAAGAAGAAGACGACGACGACUUUGACGACUUGACAGACGAAGCCAAGACGCUGCAAGAACAGGAACUAGAGAAGAUCAAGUCCAACCUGGGACGUCUGAUCCUGAAGGAAGAGAAGGAGAAAGCGUCUACUUUCCGCAGGAAGACCCAGUCUCUGCCUGACAGAGGUCACAUGCACACCAGUCUGGCGGCGAGCGCUUCCAAGUCACCGUCCCGUUCGGGCUCGGGGCUGACCAGAAUGCAGUCGGCCGACUUCCCCGCGGACGCUGCCGCGCGUACAGGUGGGAGGAAUGGUGAGGCCCAAAGGGAGCGCAUGGAUCGAGGGAACUCGUUGCCGAGCAUCUUGGAGCAGAAGGUGUAUCCCUACGAGGCGCUGAUAGUCACCCACAGGGGGCGAUGCAAGCUUCCUCGAGUGGACCGCACUCGUCUAGAGAGACAUCUGGCGCCGCACGAGUUCGAGCAGUUGUUCGGGAUGAGCGCUGGCGAAUUCGACCGCCUAUCUCUAUGGAGACGAAAUGACCUGAAGAAGAAAGCCUUGCUCUUCUAACAGGAAGUGACAUCACGGCCAAGCAAGUGUUUGGCUACAUCACAGCACGCUAAAAAACGCUACUUAGGAAGCAGCUUGUGUUGUCAUGGUUACCAGCGCCACCGCGACAUCGCGGCGCUCUCCAGUCGACCCCCCCGGCCUCCCAUGAGGAAUUAUCCGAUCACAGCUUUGGACUUUUCACGUGUUGCUCGCCGCCAUGUUCCAGGUUCUGAUGUUUCACUGCUGCCAAUAAACCGCCCACAAACACUGACUGAUGUCAUUUUCCAACCACGCGCUGGGAGCAUUUCAAAAUAAAAGCCUGAGAGUGCAAU